AUGUACCGAAUGAUCAACGUCGUGGAACAAGAUCAGCCACUUCAGAGAAUACUUUGGAGAGAAUCAGUGGAUGAGAGGUUGCGAACAUACCAAUUGACCACCGUAACGUAUGGCACUUCAUCAGCUCCGUAUCUUGCCACAAGGAGUUUGAAAAGAUGUGCUGAAGAGGGAGAAAAGACACAUCCAGUUGCAGCCAAUGUGAUCAAGAACAACUUCUACGUUGAUGAUAUGCUUGCUGGGGUACAUACUGUAGAUGAAGGGAAGAAACUUUUCAGCGACGUGCAAUCGCUUCUCGGGUCCGCUGGGUUCAACCUGCGGAAAUGGCACUCUAAUCAACAAGAGAUUUUGAACAAUAUACCAAGUUACUUGAGGGAUAAACGUGACGUUCUUAAUAUCGAUACGACAUCGACCGUAAAAACACUUGGUCUCACCUGGGAACCAGAUUCGGAUCUUUUCUGGUUUAAAAUGCCACGCUGGAAGCAGACGUCUCCGAUAACGCAACGUGUUGUACUAUCUGAAGCCGCACGUCUUUUCGAUCCAUAUGGACUAGCAGGACCCGUCAUUGUUCAAGCGAAGAUGUUUCUCCAAGUGCUUUGGAAAGGAAAGUAUUCUUGGGAUGAGCCUUUAAGCAUGACGUUACAAUCACAAUGGCUGGAGUUCAGAAACAGCUUGGAUCGACUCGAUGCAGUUUCCGUGCCACGCUGGAUUGCAUUUGGUAAAAAUGUAAUUUCAUGCGAACUUCACGGUUUCUGUGAUGCCUCAGAAAGGGCUUACGGAGCAGUUAUCUACCUAAGAAGUGUAACACGAGAAGGUCAGGUAUCACAUCGUUUAGUGAUGGCGAAAUCGAAGGUGGCGCCUUUAGAAGACUUGAAUAAGCGGAAGAAAAAACUGUCGAUACCCAGACUAGAGUUGUCAUCAGCAUUGGUACUGGCACACCUGUAUGAAACUGUUGCCGCAAGCAUCCAAAUUCCAACUAAUGCUUAUUUUUGGACUGAUUCGACCAUAGUGAAGUGUUGGCUUUCAUCGCAUCCGUCUAGAUGGCAAGUAUUCGUAGCCAACCGAGUGUCGGAGAUUCAGCACAUCUCCCGAUAA